CACACAGCACACACAGCACACACACACACACACACACACACAAGUCUCCAACAACAGCACCACCACCAUGAACUUGCAACACCAGCCGCUGGACUUUGUGUGCUACAGCGACGCCAGCUUCGGCACAGACCAGCUGACGGGCCGCUCCACGACGGGCUUCACCUGCUACAUCAACGGCUGUCUUGUGUCUUGGAGCAGCCGGCUGCAACCCACGGUUGCGUUGAGCACCGCUGAGGCCGAGUACAUGGCCAUCUCCGCUGCAGCGCAGGACGUUGUCUUCCUGCGGCAGCUGCUCAUGGACCUCGACGAGCCCGAGGCUGGAGCCACCAAGAUGCUGACAGAUAACCAGGCGGCCAUCGCCAUCGGCAACGACCACGUCACCAAGCCGCACGAAGCACAUCCGGGUACGCCAUCACUUCGUGCGGGAGCUCAUCGCCGACGGAACCAUUGUGCUGCAGCACUGUCCCGGCACGCAGAUGGUUGCCGACGCGCUGACCAAGGCACUGGACAAGCACACCUUCGAGCAGCACCUGCCACGACUGGUGGGAACCUCGGCGGCUGAGACGGAGCAGAGGAAGGCAGUUGAGGGGGAGUGUUGAGAGUCAGUGAGUUUCUGUUUUGUGUUGAGUCCUUCCUAAUUUGCCUUCUCAUGUGGUUUUGUCUUGUUUGCCAACAACACCUGCUUUGUGGUUUUUCCGUUGGCAAACAUUCCUUCCUCUCUGCUGGCAUGCAUGUGUGCCAACUGCCUCUCCUCUCCUCCUUCCCCUGCACACGUGAGUUGUGUGCCAUGUGUGCCGUGUGCAUGCCCGUCGUGCUUGGAAAAUGCCAUGUGUUCGUGCCAUGCAGUGUUGUGAAGUGUUGUCUGUUGUGUAUGCUUGCCUGCAAGCAUUCAUGCCAUGCCUAGCAUUGCUCUGCGCGCAUGUAUGCAUGCUGUUCGUUGUUUAGAUUGUUCGUGUUUGUGCACACGCUGCCCAUGUCGCCUUGACAGCGUUGUGGACUGUGUGCGUACUUGUCUAGUGUUUGUUUGAGCGUGCUGCCCGAGUUGAUUUGGCAGCAGCUUGCUGUGUUUGUUCAUUCUCCUUGUGUUCUUGUUUGUUGCGUUUGCCUACAGUAAACACACAUAUAAAC